UUUGACCAGAAAUCUCUUCACAGUUUACCGGAAGCCUGCAGAAACAUCAGAGACCAGUACCGGGAUCUCAUUAGUACUGGGUGCAUUCCUCUGACCAUGGGCGGUGACCACACUAUCUCCUACCCCAUACUGCAGGCCAUCAAGGAGAAAUAUGGUCCAGUUGGCGUGGUGCACGUGGACGCCCACCCGGACCUGCAGGAGGAGGUGCUUGGCAGCAAGAUUGGCCACGGUACCCCCUUCAAGAGGGCCUAUGAUGAGGGACUCUUAGACUGUUCACGCGUCGUGCAGAUUGGCCUUAGGGGCACCUCACUCACCCACAACGACUGUAAUAUUGGCAAAAAUUUGGGGUUCCGUGUGGUGAGCGCCGAGGAGUGCUGGUACAAGUCGCUCGCCCCACUGAUGGAGGAGGUGAGGCAGCAGAUGGGAAAGGGUCCAGUCUAUCUCUCCUUUGAUAUCGACGCCAUCGACCCAGGGUUCUGCCCUGGUACAGGUUCGCCCGAAAUAGGAGGACUGACAACCAUACAAGCACUGGAGAUUGUACGGGGAUGCCGCGGCCUUAACAUGGUGGGGUGUGACUUAGUGGAGGUGUCUCCACCCUACGACUUUGAGGGCACGACGGCCGCCACGGGUGCCCACUUGCUGUACGAGAUGUUGUGUGUGCUGCCCGGGGUGAAGUACCACAGUUAG